CUUGAAUUGGAUGAUCGGAUGGGCUCCCGGCAACGUCUACAAACUCCAUAUCUCCCUACCUCGCCAUCCUAAAAAGUGUUAGAGUCCCCCCCUCCCCCCCCGAGAGCCCCAUCUCGUCCUUCAACCUCGUCCGGACCCGAUUACUCGACCUCGACGCCGACUACAUACCUGCCCAAACCGGACAUCCUGUAAAUAUACUCCAAAGCCGAUUCAAUGGCGCCCCCGUCGAACCCCCGCAGCGUCUCGGACGCGACACGCUUCACGCCCACGACCCCCCAUGCCAGCUCCAAGUCUGCGGAUCCCCGGCUCAACACCUACAAGGGCUCGUCAACAUGUCCCAAGGAACCCAAGAUGCCCGGCACACCCAAGUUCGUCGAGACACCAGAGCAAAGGGUUGCGCGGUUAAGAGCUGCGCACUUGAAGGCGAAGCAGGCGCAGGUUUCGCGAAUGGACCGGAUCAUCGACGGCAGCAGACGCUUCUUCGACUCGGCUCACAAGGUCACCGUCUUGGGGUUGAUUGGUUUCACAGUGAUGGCCGGCUUGGUAACUGCCUACACCGCCGCCGACAUGAUUAUCUACAACAAGAACCGCAAGGCCGAGUUCAUCGAGGCGCAGAAGAAGAUGGAGGCCGAUUCGCUCGAGGCAGCCCGCCUGGCCUACAUUACCGGCAAGGCGACCGAGGAGCAGACUGCGCUGGUGGAGGAGUACCUGGAGGCUGAGCGCGAGGCCGGCCGUCCGAAGCCCUCCAUCUUCUCCAAGCUCCCCAGCGUCAUCGGCGCCCCGACUCCCAUUACGAACGAGACGACAGAGCAAACGACAACGAGCGUAUCAGAGGCCGCGGCGUGGCCCGCGGCGACAACACCGAAGGCGACCGAACAGCAGCAGCCUGCAGCGGCGGAGGAAAAGUCUGGGCUAUGGGGCUGGCUUACCGGCUCGCUGAAGAAGGAGGAUGUUGCUGCGGGUGCGGGACAGCAAGCCCCCACGUUGGUCGGCGCUGUGAAGCAGGAGACGAGCGCCCUCAAGGAGAAGGCGCAAGCGGCGUUUGAGAAGGAGAAGGAGAACCAGAGGAAGGGUGGCCCCCUUGACAAGGUGGGCCUGCCUGAGCAGAAGUGAGCGAGCUAAAGCAAACCGAGGAAAAGAUGAAUAGUCCAUUCUCCGGGGCAGGCGAUCUGAAGAUGCGGUGGUCUUUCAUGACUGUAAGGGACAAAGGUGGGGAGUGAGGACAUCAAGCCGAUUUGCUCAUGAUGAUCAUCUCCUGGGAACGCAUCCUACAAGCAGGCUUGGUCGCUUGUGACCUGGCGAUCUUUGGCGUUGCUAUGUCUCAAAUGUGGUCACCAGAAAACUAACCAAGCAUUCGAUGAGGGUAAACAUAUUUUUGGGCGGGUGGCGUGGGCGACGGAAUCACACAGCAACCUUUGUAGAGCUUGGCUGCUCCUGGGAGAUCGCCAUGACAGAGCGUCGCGAGACCUGUAGUACGCAUAUCAUGCGUACAGAGCACGGUUUUAACAACACGACAAGAAGUGUUGAUGAAUGAUAGGAGAACGGGCUAGGAUAUGUGCUCGACAAAGAGCCCCUUACCCCCAUGUACCAUAGUGUAGAAAGGAGUUAUUGCAUAAAUCGGCGCAUAGAAGAUGGAUUACGUAUAUACAUGUAAGAGACAACAUAGUCGUAGAAGUAUUCGAAAAUGUAUUGGAUGUUUUGUAUG